AUGGCCUGGUUUAUUCCCACCAUUCAUUGGCAACAGCUAUCGGGCCCAAUGGAGUGUGUUGGGCAGAGUGGAUCCGGCGCUGAUCUGGCGUCAGCUACGUGGAAAUACCUACUACUUGCCUCCACGGGUGUUCUUCUACUCGCUCUCUUCAUACCUCCAAGGCCGAAGUGCCCGCUUCCUCUGGUGAACCCCAAAAGACGGUGUGAAUUUUCAUAUAGCCGCGUCAAGAGAGACUUUAUUGCUCGUGCCCCCGAGAUCAUAGAAAGGGGCUUUCUACUCACUGGUAAUAAGCCCUUUAGGAUCAACGCUGAUAUCGGCGAAGUGAUAAUUCUUCCUCCGGAAUUAGCAGAUGAAGUUCGAAACAAUGAUAACCUCACUUUUGCUCGGUUCAUGUAUCUGAAUUUCCAUGCCCAUCUUCCUGGGUUCGAGGCCUUCAUUGAAGGCGGCCGAGGCUCGCGCUUGGUCAAACACGUCUCGCAAAGGCAGCUCACAGCGGCUCUGAACAAGAUAACCAUACCUUUGUCGGAAGAGUGCAGCUUGUCACUGCAGGAAAUCCUCACCGAUCAAGACACCUGGCACGAGAUCAACCUCAAAGAGAAAGUACUUCCUCUUGUCGCCCGUCUCUCAUCCAAGGUCCUUCUCGGCGAUGAACUGUGUCAUGAUACCCGCUGGCUGAAGUUGACCGCCGAGUACACUACCGUAGCUUUCCGAGCGGCCCAGUACCUGCGCAUCUUCCCUUACUACACCCGGUAUAUCCUUCACUGGUUUCUCAGUGACUGCGCUGCGGCCCGAGCCCGCGUCCAGGAAGCUCGCCAAAUCCUGGGACCGGUGCUGGCCAAGCGUCGUGCGCAAGCUCGAGAUAAAACAGCAACUAUAGAAUAUGCCGACGCCAUCGAGUGGUUUGAGCAGGCGGCCAACGGAGGAGACUACGACCCCGCCAUCUCGCAGCUCAUGAUGAGCUUCAGCUCAAUCCAUACCUCGGCUGAUCUGGUCAUGCAAGUCAUCCUCGAUCUUACGCAGCAUCCAGACCUUAUCGAGCCAUUACGAAGCGAGUUCACGACCGUCCUUGGCGAACAGGGCUGGAGAAAGACCUCACUAUACAAGCUCAAACUCAUGGAUAGCGUCAUCAAAGAAAGCCAGCGCUUGAAACCUGUCCUCUCUGCAUCCAUGCGUCGAGUAUCCACCACCAACAUCACUUUAUCCGAUGGGACUAUCAUCCCCAAAGGCGCCAUGGUAGCCGUUUCCGCCCGUCGCCAGCGCGAUCCCACCAUUUACAAGGAUCCCGAUCGCUACGAUGGCUACCGCUUCAAACACAUGCGUGGGAUCCCUGGCCAAGAACACCGAUCUCACCUGGUGAGUACGAGUCCAGAGCAUCUGGGUUUCGGACACGGCCUGCAUGCUUGCCCUGGCCGGUUCUUCGCCGCCAAUGAGAUCAAAAUCCUUCUUUGCCAUUUCCUUCUCAAAUACGAUUUCAAACUGGCUGAGGGCUGUGAGCCACGACCGAGGAACUCGGGGUUUCAUAUCAAUGCGGAUCCUUUUGCGCGUAUCCUGCUUCGCAGGCGUCGGGAUGUGGAUAUCUCUGUUUUGGAGUCUUGAACGGUCAGGGUCGGUGGGUUUGUGUACGUCGUGUUCGUAUGUAGGCUUGAUUAUCUUGUUUUAGCUACCUUUUGUUCGAGGAUGCAUCCUUAGAGUUUGAUCCAUGUCAUACGGCAUGUAAUAAGGAGGCUCUGAGAGUUGGUGAUAGGCUAUGAUGCUACGAAUCAGCCUAAGCACCGACAUUCAAAAG